UCCCCACACAGCCGCCUCUGCUGGACAGAAGCUGAAUCUGCUCUCACUUGAUGUGAGACAGCGGCAGCGGCGACUGKACAGAGCGGACAGGGGAACAUCGAUGUGUGACCCACCAACCUUCCCCCCUCUUCCUCCUCCUCCCACCUGGACUAUCCGCGAACCGCUGGAGAAACCAGAACCGACGACCGUGGACCAGAACCUCCAUCCAGUCGACGCGAGGGGAGCGAGAGCCACGGGGAGACCAUGGCGGUAGAAGAAGAAGGUCUUCGGGUUUUCCAAAGCGUUAAAAUAAAACUAGGAGAAGCCAAAAACAUCCCUCCGUACCCGGGACCGAACAGGAUGAGGGACUGUUUCUGUACCGUCAACCUGGACCAGGAGGAGGUCUUCAGAACCAAGAUCGUGGAGAAGUCACUGUGCCCGUUUUACGGGGAGGACUUCUACUGCGAGAUCCCACGUAGCUUCAGACACCUCUCCUUUUACAUUUUCGACAGAGACGUGUUCAGGAGGGACUCCAGCAUCGGGAAAGGUGCACCUGGAGCUGCGUCUGAGCGAAGUCAUCACCGACAGUGGAGUCAUCAGCCACAAGCUGGCCACACGAGUCUUGGAGUGUCAGGGUCUCCCAAUCGUCAACGGUCAGUGUGAUCCCUACGCUGCUGUUUCCCUUCUCGGCCCAUCAAGGUCAGAAGCAAAAAAGACCAAAGUUAAGAGGAAAACCAACAACCCUCAGUUCGACGAGGUUUUUUACUUUGAGGUGACUCGGCAGCCGAGCUACACCAAGCGUCAGUUUGACGUGGAGGAGGAGGACGUGGACAAGCUGGCUCUGAGGGUGGACCUGUGGAACGCCAGCAACCUGAAGUUUGGGGACGAGUUCCUGGGCGGCGUGCGGGUUCCUCUGCGGGUUUUGAGUCAAGCUGGAGUUCACGACGCCUGGUACUUCCUGCAGCCCAGAGAAAACGGAGGGAAGUCUGUGAAGGUGGAAGAUCUCGGCUCUCUGCGUCUGAACAUCGUUUACACCGAGGACCACGUCUUCCCCUCCGAGCACUACACCCCCCUCAGAGAUCUACUGCUGCAUUCUGCUAAAGUCGAGCCCGUGUCGGCGUCCACGGCCCACGUUCUGGGGGAGGUGUGUCGGGAGAAGCAAGAGGCCGCCAUCCCGCUCGUUCGUCUCUUCCUUCAUUACGGCAAAAUCGUGCCUUUCAUUAGCGCCAUCGCUCACGCUGAAAUCAACCGAACGCAGGAUCCAAACACUAUUUUUCGGGGGAAUUCUCUGACUUCUAAGUGCAUCGAUGAGACCAUGAAGCUGGCUGGGAUGCACUAUCUGCAAGUCACGCUAAAACCCGUCAUAGACGAGGAAAACCUUCGUCAGUAUGUCGACCGCAUCUUCAACGUCAUCACCACCUCCGGCGUUCGCUGCCCCACCGUCAUGUGUGACAUCUUCUUCUCUCUGCGAGAGUCCGCCGCCACUCGUUUCCAAGUUGACCAAGAUGUCCGCUACACGGCCGUCAGCAGCUUCAUCUUCCUGCGUUUCUUCGCUCCGGCCAUCCUCUCCCCCAACCUGUUCCAGCUGCGACCACACCACCCGGAUCCCUCCACCUCGCGGACCCUCACCCUCAUCUCCAAGACCAUCCAGACGCUCGGAAGUCUGGCCAAGUCCAAAUCUGCCAAUUUCAAAGAGUCCUACAUGGCCGCGUUUUACGACUACUUCAACGAGCAGAAAUACGCAGACGCUGUGAAGAAC